AUGGAAGAAUUCCAAAGACAUAUAGAACUAGACAGGUCUUGGCAACAUAAUUUUUUAUAUCCACUUAUCUUUCAGGAAUAUAUUUAUGCAUUUGCAUAUGAUCAUGGUUUAAAUAAAUCGAUUUUGUUGGAAAAUUCAGGCAACAGUAAAUACAGUUUACUGCUUGUAAAACGUUUAAUUACUCGAAUGUAUCAACAGAAUCAUUUGAUUCUUUCUGCUAAUGAUUCGAAUCAAAAUGUAAUUUUGGGGCACAAGCACAAAAAGAAUUUGUAUUCACAAAUGAUAACAGAAGGGUUUGCCGUCAUUGUGGAAGUUCCAUUUUCCCUACUAUUAAUAUCUUCCCUAGGGGAAAAAGAAAUAGUAAAAUCUCAUAAUUUGCGAUCAAUUCAUUCAAUAUUUCCCUUUUUAGAGGACAAAUUAUUACAUUUAAAUUAUGUGUUAGAUAUAUUAAUAACUUACCCCGCCCAUCUCGAAAUCUUGGUUCAAACUCUUCGCUACUGGGUGAAAGAUGCCUCUUCUUUGCAUUUAUUACGAUUUUUUCUUUAUGAGUAUCGUAAUUUGAAUAGUCUUAUUACUCCAAAGGAAUUGAUUUCCUUUUUGAAAAAAAGGAAUCAAAGAUUAUUCUUAUUCCUAUAUAAUUUGCAUGUAUGUGAAUACGAAUCCCUUUUUGUUUUUCUCUGCAACCAAUCCUCUUAUUUACGACCAACAUCUUUUGGAGCCCUUAUUGAACGAAUCUAUUUCUGCGGAAAGCUAAAAUAUCUAGUAAAAGUUUUUACUAAGGAUUUUGGAGUUAUCCUAUGGAUUUUCAGAGAACCUUUCCCACAUUAUGUUAGGUAUCAAGGAAAAUCAAUUCUGGCUUCAAAAGGGACAUCUCUUCUGAUGCAUAAAUGGAAAUAUUACCUUAUCUAUUUCGGGCAAUGUCAUUUUUCUGUGUGGUCUCAACCAAAAAGACUCUAUAUCAAUCGAUUAUCAAACCAUUCCCUAGACUUUAUGGGUUUUCUUUCAAGGGUGCGACUCAAUUCUUCAGUAAUACGGAGUCAAAUGUUAAAAAAUUCAUUUCUAAUAGAGAAUAUUAGUAAGAAGUUCGAUACCGUAGUUCCAAUUAUUCCUUUGGUUGGGUCAUUGGCUAAAGCGAAAUUUUGUAAUGUAUUAGGGCAUCCCAUUAGUAAGUCGGUCUGGACCGAUUUAUCAGAUUCUGAUAUUCUUGAUCGAUUUGGACGUAUAUGUAGAAAUAUUUCUCAUUAUUAUAGCGGCUCUUCAAGAAAAAAAAGUUUGUAUCGAAUAAAGUAUAUACUUCGACUUUCUUGUGCUAGAACUUUGUCUCGUAAACACAAAAGUACUGUACGUGCUUUUUUGAAAAGAUUAGGUUCAGAAUUUUUAGAAGAAUUCUUUACAGAGGAAGAAAAAGCUCUUUCUUUGAUCUUACCAAGAGAUUCUUCUAUCUCACGGGGAUUAUAUAGAGGGCGUAUUUGGUAUUUGGAUAUUAUUUGUAUUCAUAAUUUGGCCAAUGAUGAAUGA